AUGCGGAGCGAAGCAGUCGAAUCUUCUUUGCUGCUCGGGCAUGGCGCUUCGUUUACUGUCACUCGGCAGGCUGUAUCUCCUGGACCAAAUACCAUGAUCGAUCGUUUUGAUUUUACAAAGUUGAUUACCCUCAAGAUGCCCUUUCUGCCCACGAAACGACGGCAAUACGUGGUCUACAAGUCCCCCAGGAUCGAAUUCCAGGCCGAUGGGAGGACGCUGGCUGACGUGCAACUUAAUGAAUCGCCUCUGCCCAACGAGCUGAAAUCGCAAAUUUCUCUAGGCAUUGCGAACGGUCCCCAGACGCUACACGACGAGGGCAUCAUCCACAGAGAUCUGAAACCUGAGAACACUAUACUGUGCUCGGAGGAGGAUAGGAUACUCGUUCCGAAACUUGCCGAUUUCGGUUUUGCCAUCGUCAAGGAGGCGUUGAUAUCACCCAAUAUCAUGUUAGGUAGGACUAGAACUUGGAGUGCUUCCGAACCAUACUCUUGUCUUGGAGCCUCGGGGCUUGCGUCUACGGACGUUUACUCGUUCGGUUUGGUCGUUUGGUCGUUUGGUCUGUCGGGCUUGAUGGCUGGGACCCUUUCAGCGUGUUGA